GUGUUACUCGAAACAAACACAAACACAAACAUACAAAAACAAACUUUGAUCUAAAAGUCAUAGCAGCAUGAUCCAUACUAAAACCGGGUCUGGUCGUCGGAUCUUGACCUUUCCGGCUGUGCAACCAUGCGAAUCAAUCUCCAUAGUCACUUUACUCGACUCACUUAUUCAACUAGCCGGCGACAUUCUCACAUUUAAGUCUAAACACUUCUCCACCAAUAAACAAAGCUUCAGAGAUACUCUUAGGCGGAUUCAAAACCUAGUUCUUGUCUUCGAAGAGAUCCGGAUCCGGGUCGGAAAUUCGAGACGCUACUUCCACGACUCUGCCGCCGUGUCGAGCCUCAAGGAGAUCCACGUCAGCUUCCAAAAGCUCAAGUUCCUUCUAGAAGACUGCACAAGAGACGGAGCUAGACUAUGCAUGAUGAUGAACUCGGACCAAGUCUCGGAUCAUCUCCGGGUCUUGACUCGAUCCAUUUCCACCAGCCUUAGUGCGUUUCCUGUCGCCUCCGUUGACUUACCGAGCGAAGUCAACGAGCUUAUUGACUUAGUGGUGCGGCAAACCCGUAAGUACGGAGUCCAACUUGAAACAGAUGAUAAACGGGCCAUGAGCUCUGUUAAUCGGAUCCUUGCUCUGUUUGCGAACAGAGUCGUUCCGGAUCCAGAUGAGAUAAAUCGGAUCCUGGAUCACGUAGGGAUCAGAAAAUGGGGAGAUUGCGUUAAAGAGAUAAACUUCCUCGGAGAAGAGAUAGCUGCAGAGCGGUUAGAUGAGAAGAAGAAGAAGAGCAACGGUCAAGUCGAGCUUCUCAGUAGCUUAAUGGGGUUCAUAUGCUAUUGCAGAUGCGUUAUACUUCGACGGAUCGAGAGAGAUGAUGAUCAUCAUCAUAACAACGAUGGUAUCAAGAAAGAUCAAGACUUGACUCGAGGGCUGAAAGUUGAGGAUCUCCUUUGUCCAAUUUCUCUAGAGAUUAUGGCAGAUCCUGUGGUUGUAGAAACAGGGCACACUUAUGAUCGGAGCUCCAUCACUAAAUGGUUUGGAUCCGGGAACAUUACGUGCCCUAAAACCGGGAAGAUUCUGACGAGUACCGAGUUGGUUGAUAACGUAUCCGUGAGGCAAGUGAUUCGAAAGCACUGCAAAACAAACGGCAUCGUUUUGGCGGGGAUUAGCCGGAGAAGGAGGACUCAAGAUGACGUGGCGCCGGAGAGUUUGGCUGCAAAGGGAGCUGGGAAACUCAUCGCAAAGUUUCUCACUUCAGAGUUAAUUAAUGGCGGUGAAGAGAAGAUUUACAGAGCCGUGAGGGAAAUUCGUGUUCAGACCAAGACAAGUAGUUUUAAUAGGUCUUGUCUGGUUAAAGCUGGUGCUGUGACUCCACUUUUAAAGCUUCUUAGUUCCGGAGAUUCCAGGAUUCAAGAGAACGCAAUGGCUGGGAUUUUGAAUCUUUCCAAGCACGUUACCGGAAAAUCUAAGAUUGCCGGAGAAGGGUUAAAGAUCAUUGUAGAGAUUCUAAACGAAGGAGCUAAAACAGAGACGAGAUUAUACUCUGCUUCUGCUCUGUUUUAUCUCUCUUCCGCUGAAGAUUACAGCAGAUUGAUCGGAGAAGAUCCAGACGCGAUUUCGGGAUUGAUGAAGAUCGUUAAAGGAGAAGAUUACGGCGAUUCCGCAAAACGUAACGCGUUGCUUGCGGUUAUGGGAUUGUUAAUGCAAUCCGAUAAUCAUUGGCGUGUUCUCGCCGCCGGAGCUGUUCCGAUUCUCCUUGAUCUGUUGAGAUCGGAAGAAAUUAGCGGCGAACUCACGGCGGAUUGUAUAGCGACGUUGGCGAAGCUAGCGGAGUAUCCUGAUGGGACGAUUGGGGUGAUUCGUCGUGGCGGUUUAAAACUCGCGGUGAAGAUUUUGUCUUCGUCGGAAGAUUCUCCGGCGGCGGUGAAGCAGCAUUGUGUUGCUCUGAUUCUGAACUUGUGUCUUAACGGAGGAUGUGACGUUGUUGGGGUUCUGGUAAAGAACACGUUGGUAAUGGGGUCGCUUUACACGGUGUUAAGUAACGGCGAAUGUGGAGGAAGCAAGAAAGCUAGUGCGCUUAUUAGAAUGAUCCACGAGUUCCAGGAGAGGAAAACCGAUCGUGUGGAGAAGACAAAGUUCAACAUAGAUUGGGACGAUGCUUUGGGAGAAGAAGAAGUUCCCGAGCUCGAGAUCAUCGCCACUGACAAAAUUCCGCCGCGUGAGCCUACUCUUUCCGGCGAUGAACCCGCCGUCUGUGUGCAAUCCCUCAGGGAUAACGAACUCGACGAUCAUCUGAAGCGUCAGAGAUCACUUCUUACUCGUCUCGGCGAUAAGUUGCCAGAUAAGGGCGAAAAAAUCCGAAACAGAAUCGGAGACCUUGAGUACGAGAAGCAGCGAAGGAUGUUCCAACAACGGACCAAAAUGCUGAAGCUUAUUGUGCAGUGGAAUUUAGAGUUUGAUGCUGAUGCGGAUAACGGAUGUCAGAUUCUCGAGAAACCGAAAAGCUCAGAUGUGUUUAUGCGAGCGAGUACAGCCUCAAAAGAAACCUCUGGACAAGGGAAUACUGGAUCGAAAGACGUGUCUCGGUCAACAUUUGCUGCUCAUUUUAGUGACAAUCCUAAAGUGGGAGCUCAAUCAGUAAAACUGUUUAACGACAAACUGCAAGAUUUGGGACGUGGAAGCUGGAAAAGCAAAGCAAAUAGAGACUCAGUAAUAGAGAAAAGUAAUGGGUGGCGGUCGCUGCCAAGAUUAAGCAAGUGUAAGGUAAGUGAAAAGAACUUUUAUUCUGAAGCUAAGGAUCCAAAAGGGGAUCGAAAACCCAAUGAAGCUUAUGGUAAGGGAAAGCCAAAGGAAUCUUCCCCGUACUUACUUGUCGAUGAUGAUGACGACGACGACCCCGUCAUUGGCUAUGAAACUCCCAGGGAGUGGAGUUCGAAAGCAUCGCCAUCACAGAGUUCAAGCUGUAGGAAGAAAUCAGAUGAUAAAGUAAUUAAUUUGGACGAAGAUGAACCUCAGUCUCCAAUGGUAGUAGAGGAAGCAUGUGAACUUCCUGAAGGGUUACCUGAAGAUAUUUACUACCCAUCAAGUGAUCAAAGUGAUGGGCGAGACCUUGUUCAAGUAUCUCUUAAAGAUUUGAAAUGCCUUUCACCUGGGGAAUAUCUUACAUCGCCAGUUAUAAAUUUCUACAUCAGGUUCUUGCAACAUCACGUGUUUUCAGCGGAUGAGACAGCUGCUAAUUGUCAUUUCUUCAAUACGUUUUUCUACAAGAAGCUCAUAGAAGCUGUUUCGUACAAGGGUAACGACAAGGAUGCAUAUUUUGUGAAGUUCAGGCGGUGGUGGAAGGGUUUGGAUCUCUUCUGUAAAUCAUAUAUAUUUAUACCGAUACAUGAAGAUCUCCACUGGAGCUUAGUAAUAAUUUGCAUCCCAGACAAGGAGGACGAAUCGGGAUUGACUAUAAUUCACUUGGAUUCAUUGGGACUUCACCCAAGAAGUUCGAUUUUUAAUAAUGUCAAAAGAUUUCUGAGAGAGGAAUGGAACUAUCUAAAUCAAGAUGCUCCAUUGGAUUUACCAAUUUCAGCAAAAGUAUGGAGAGACCUUCCCAAUAUGAUCAACGAAGCUGAAGUGCAGGUUCCACAACAGAAGAAUGAUUUCGACUGUGGGCUGUUUGUUCUCUUUUUCAUAACACGUUUCAUCGAAGAGGCUCCUCAAAGACUGAAAUUGCAGGAUUUGAAAAUGAUUCACAAGAAGUGGUUUAAACCCGAAGAAGCUUCCGCUUUGAGGAUCAAAAUCUGGAACAUACUCGUUGAUCUAUUCCGCAAGGGUAACCAAACAGAUUAAAGCUGUAAAGAACAGUGUCAAGUUUGGUCACUCUAAUUAAGAAAUGAAAGAUAAGUUU